AUGCUGAAGGCUUUGCUCGGCUCAGAGUCUACAGAUUCGACGGAAGACGCAGGAGGUAGCGCUGGCGCUGGUAACGGUAGUGCCGGCAGUGGCGGUGCGGGCGGCGGUGGCAUUGGUGGUGUGGGUGGUUGUAACGGCAGUUUAGCGUCAAGCUCUAUUUCCAGCAGCUUGAGUGCAGCCUGCGGAAGCGUCGUCGGCACGAGCAGUAACUGCAGUCAAACUAGCUGCGGUGUAGGUGGUAACAACAGCAGCGGUUUUGUUUGUAGUCCGGCCUCUAGCGGUUAUUGCACCGCCUGCCAAACGCACGUGGACAAGUGUCGUAGUAAUUCCGGCAGUCGCAAGAGUCGUAAGGGCGUAUCAUCUCGUAGCAAAAUGUCGCAUUCCAAUUCGAGUUCAAUGCGUGGCAGUAGCGGUAGCAGUUGCCGUAGUAGUGGCGGAAUUUGUAUGUAUGAAAUUGGUAGUUGCAAGUCAACAUCGCCGGGUAGUUAUAGUUUGAAUGCGCUGAAUGUGGAUUUUAGCUCGUACACAGCGACGCAUCAGUGGUCGAAAAUGCUCGAAUGCGCUGAGUUCGUGGGCGCCAAACGUAGCAAACACACAGUGGUCGCUUAUAAGGAUGCUAUGUACGUCUUUGGUGGUGACAACGGCAAAACGAUGCUGAACGAUCUUAUACGUUUUGGCGUAAAAGAUAAAUCGUGGGGACGUGCUUGUGCCACUGGUGUGGCGCCGGCGCCGCGCUAUCAUCAUUCUGCGGUCGUUUAUGGCAGCUCUAUGUUCAUCUUCGGCGGCUACACCGGCGAUAUACAUUCGAACUCGAAUUUAACGAAUAAAAAUGAUUUAUUCGAAUAUAAAUUUCAAACAGCGAUGUGGGUGGAAUGGAAGUUCACUGGAAGGGUUCCAGUACCGCGUUCAGCCCACGGCGCCGCUGUUUAUGAUAACAAAAUGUGGAUUUAUGCAGGCUACGAUGGUAAUGCACGUCUGAAUGAUAUGUGGACGCUUAAUUUGCUGGGCGAAAAUCAUCAGUGGGAGGAGGUGGAGCAAAAAGGAGAUCGUCCGCCCACUUGCUGUAAUUUUCCGGUUGCCGUUGCGCGGGACUGCAUGUAUGUCUUCUCUGGCCAAAGUGGUCUGCAGAUCACCAAUUCACUCUUCGAGUUUCAUUUCAAGACCAAAACCUGGCGGCGCAUCUCCAACGAAUCGGUCUUGCGUGGUGCUACCUCUGCGCCACCAUCGCGCCGUUAUGGUCAUACUAUGGUCCACCACGAUCGCUUUCUCUACGUUUUCGGCGGAUCGGCUGAUUCAACAUUGCCCAACGAUCUGCAUUGUUACGACUUGGACUCGCAGGUGUGGUCUGUCAUCGCGCCGGAGCCGAAUUCGGAUGUGCCUUCGGGUCGUGUCUUUCAUGCCAGUGCCGUUAUAGGCGAUGCCAUGUUCAUUUUUGGUGGCACCGUCGACAACAGUGUGCGUCGGGGCGACACUUAUCGCUUUCAGUUCUCCAGUUAUCCGAAAUGUACGCUACGCGAUGAUUUUGGAAAAUUCUUUCACGACAAGCAAUUUUGUGACAUACAAUUUAUUGUCGGUCCGGAGGAGAUUAAAAUUUUAGCGCACAUCGCUUUCGUCGCAGCACGUUCGAAGCAUUUGCGUACGAAAAUUUUAGCAGCUCGCGAUGCGCGUCAACAACAAAUUGAGAAAGUAUUCGGAUCAGCUGUGGACAUGAGGAGUGCACUGGUGGGUAGUGGCGGGGCGGAUCGUGCGCCUAUGUUGGAAGUGCGGUUGGCGCAGGCAUCGCCGGAGGCAUUCGACAUUAUUUUGAAUUACAUCUACACGGAUCGUAUCGACUUGAAAGAUUCUUAUAGCAAAAAUAUAAUUAUACUUAUAACCGAUAUAUACCAGUUGGCGGGCAGGUUUCUUAUGCCGCGGUUGGCACAGGGUUGCAUACAGUACUUGGACUUCAAAAUCAACAAACAGAAUGUGUUGGAGGCGCUGUACAAUGCGGAUAAGAAUAAAAUACAAAUCAUUAAGGAUCACUGCAUGCAGUUCAUUAUAAAAGAUGAAAAUUACGCGGAUGUUGUAAUGUCCAGUGAAUUCGGCGAUUUGGAUAAAUCUUUAAUUGUGGAAAUCGUGCGCAGGCGCUUGAAUCCCGGCAAAAUCAUACUGGAAAAUAAUUUUGAGAAAAACGAUGGCACCACAUUGGAAAGCGAUAUGGCUGUAUUUUUGGAACAAACUGGCAAGGAGUUUUGUGACAUCAACCUGAUACUCGAUGGUCAAGUCAUACCGGCACAUAAAUCUAUAUUAUCCGCACGCUGCACAUACUUUCAAGGCAUGUUUAGAUCCUUCAUGCCGCCUGAUAAUACCGUGAAUAUACAAAUCGGUGAAAUUUCGCCUUCGCAAGAGGCUUUCCAAUCGCUGCUUCGUUACAUUUACUAUGGUGAAACGAAAUUGCCCCCACAAGACGCACUGUAUCUAUUUCAGGCGCCUUGCUUUUACGGCUUAUCCAACAACCGCUUAGCCGCUUUCUGCAAAUAUUCUCUAGAGCAUAACAUCACAUAUGAAAAUGUGCUGCAAACUCUUGAGGCCUCGGAUAUAACGAAAAUUUACGAUAUCAAGGAUUAUGCUCUGCGUUUGAUUGUGAAAGAUUUUACGAAGGUCGCACAUUUGCCGAAAAUAGGCGGACUUUCACGUGAGCUACUGUUGGAAAUUAUACGUGCUGUGGCCGAUUCGCAAGGCGAGUUCUUGACACGCAUCAGCCUCAAUACUGAUAUCUGAAAUUUGGUAUUGCUAUGGCCGGCAUUACAAUUGCUUAUGGCUUGGUUGCAAAUUGCGGGUGGGCGCAGUGGUAGUAACGCAUCGGUGUUGGAAGAAGAAGAGAGAGAUGGGGACGAAGUGCUUGAAGGCGAUCAGCGGAGUAGCAGUAUUGUCAUAAGUGAAGCAGUCUGUGAUGACUGCAACUGCAAUUGCGAGUAUGAAUAAAUGUUGCAAUGCAAAAUGUAAAAUACUUAACACCAAUGUGAGCAUGCGUAACGAAUUCAGAAAAGUGAUAAUUGACAUUUGAUGAAAGUUUUAAUAUUAAUUUAAUUUUUUAAUUUUUAUAUUAUUUGCUAUUUUUUAUAUUUAACACUUGAAAAUUUAUAAACUUUUAUGGCACCGUUAUUUAUUGUAAGUAUAGGAAAUAAGUUUUAUAACAUUUGAAUUCGUAAACAGAAACAGAAAUCGGUGUCCAAAAUGCAUAGUUUUAUUGCUCUCUCUUAAAAAUCUCCCGUUCUCUCUCUAUGUUACUUUUCUUGCACUGCAUAUUUGAGAUUUGUAUAGCAAAAAUUAAAACAUGCUUUUUAUAAUGUGAUAUUCGAAAACAAUAUUGGGGUUUUUAGUCCUUUUAGUCCAUGAAAUUCAUCUCCAUCUAUUAAUCAAGAGUUUGUACAAGAAACUCUUUAUUUGUUAAUAAAUUCUCUUUACUACCUUCUUUUGAUUGUUAAAAAUUGGCAAUUUUUCAUAUAUUUAUUAGUAACGAGUAUAUAUGUACGAAUUUUAUUAUAUUUAAAUAUUUCUAUAAAACAAUUAACGAAUUAUUAUACGUGUGUACUCGUAUGUAUUUAAUAAGUACUUAUAAGUAUAUGUAUGUUUAUUUAGAGUAAAAUAAAAUAUGAAUAAAAAACGCCAGCUGCAGUGUCGAUGCACGUCUAUGCAAAUGUUAAAUAUUAAAAAAAUAAAAAUAUUGCUUUUGUUUCAGUCUCAGUUACUGGACAUCG